AAAACAAAUAAACAAACUCCACCCGUCUUUUAAAACCUGGAGAGAAGUUGCGGCAAAACCUUGGAGAAGAGAAUAUCAAUGGAGUCGCACAAUUAUUGUUAAAUCCCAGUAUUAGUUAUUACCUUAUUCUUAUAAUUCAUAGCCACUAAAUCUACGGAUUAUUUGGUGGACAUUUGAUUUGGAACCAUGAGGGCAGGGCCUGUUGAGAAGACACGCCGAGAAAGGCGAAAAGAAGCUAGAAAAAUGACAACGCAGAAAAAACAUGAAUCUUGGGUUCAAAAUCAGCAAUUUAAAAAACGGAGGAGAGCUGAAGAAAAUAAAAGAAAAUUUGGAAAUUCAAAGGCAAAAUAUGUGAACAAAUCAAAGAACUUGAAGGAGAAAGAAGAUAUGCAGGAAGAUGCUACUAACUCGAGGAGAAAUCAGAGUCCAGAGGAAAAGAAUGUGCCAACAAAAAUGGAAAGGAAAUUGGGCUUGUUGGGACGUAGUGGUUCUAAUGCUCCAAAGACAGCGAAAGAAAAAAAGGGCAUGAAGAGGAAUUUGAAAACGAAGUUUGAAGAGUAUCUUGAAAUGGAUACGAAAGAUGCUUUUGCUGAAGAAGAUUUGGAAAUGGAAAGGAGACUUGCUAAGAAACUCAAAUUAAAGGAUGGAAAAUUGAAGGGGAUGGAUGAUGAAAUGGACAUGUUACUCGAGGGAAUACCAUCUGUGCUUGAUUCUUUUGAUAAAGGGGAAGUCCCAGAUGCUAACCAGUUUCGCAUUGAGGGAGUUGAGGAUACAACUUCUGAUAAGAAACAUAAGAAGAAAAAGUCUUCGAAGGAAUCUUCAAAAGAUCGGAGCGAGGAUGUGAUGGGAGCAAUUUCUGAGCUGCAGGAAAGCUCAGGUGCAGAAGUGGGGCUUGAAGAAGGUGCCAGUGAGACACCUUCACAUAAUAGAAACAAAAAGAAGUCAAAGCGAAAGCAAGCCAUGGCAGGAGACAUGACAAUUGAUGUAUCUGACCCAGCAGAGACCCAUGAUGCAGAGGCUGUGCUGCAGGAAACUUCUAAGAAGGCGCCUGCAGUGGCCAGUAGUAUAAAAUAUGUUGCUCCACACUUGAGAUCUCUUGCAGGAAAUGAGUCAGAAGAACAUAUUCAAAUCCGUAGACGGGUCCGAGGUCUACUGAAUAGGCUAUCUGAAUCCAAUGUGGAAUCAAUUACAGGCGAAAUGGCUACCAUCUUCCGUUCCACUAUUCGCGGUGUCAGUACUCAGAUUAUCAUUAAUGAGGUGUUGGGAGCAUGUUCUGGUGGUCCUCGUGGCAAUGAACAGUAUGCUGCUGUUUUUGCAUCUUUUGUUGCUGGCUUGGCUUGCUCUGUUGGGAUGGACUUCAGUGCAAAGUUCAUGGCGUCGCUAGCUAAAGCUUUUGAGGAUGAGUGCCUCAAAGAAGACAAUAUUUCCUUGCGUAAUCUCACUCUUCUACUCUCCUAUUUAUGCAUAUUUGGAGUUUGCUCAAGUGAUCUGAUAUAUGACCUCCUAAUCACUCUGAGCAAGCGUUUGAGAGAGAUCGAUGUCUCCACUAUCUUGACAGUUUUAAAUUGCUGUGGGAUGAAAAUAAGGAGUGAUGAUCCCACUGCAAUGAAGAACUUCAUCCAGAGUGUACAGAACAGAGUAAAUGAGCUGAAGGCCUCCUCUGUUGAAGGCCAGGCAAAUAUAAAUGGAAAAAGAAUGGAGUUUAUGCUCGAAACCAUAUUUGAUAUCAAAAACAACAAGAAAAGGCCCAAGGAGGAAACUGCACCUCAUGCACGGAUAAAAAAGUGGCUACAGAAGUUAAGAGUUGAAGAAAUUCUUAUUAGAGGGCUAAAGUGGAGCAAGUUGCUUGAUCCUGACAACAAGGGCCAGUGGUGGCUAUCAGGGGGUAUGGCUGCCAAAACAGAUAAUGUUCAAGAGGUUGCCAAUACGAUUGACAAAGAUGUUCUGGAAGCCCAAAAGAUGCUACAGCUAGCUUCUUCACAGAGGAUGAACACAGAUGCCAGAAAAGCAAUCUUUUGUAUAAUAAUGAGUGGUGAGGACUACAUCGAUGCUUUUGAAAAGCUUCUGAGGUUGGACUUGGUUGGAAAGCAGGAUAGAGAGAUUAUGCGAGUUAUUGUUGAAUGCUGUUUACAAGAAAAGAUAUUUAACAAAUAUUACACUACCCUGGCUUCCAAGUUGUGUGAGCAUGACAAAAACCACAAAUUUACUUUACAGUUUUGCAUUUGGGACCACUUCAAAGAGCUGGAGUCAAUGCAGCUAUUAAGAUCAAUGCACCUAGCAAAAUUCAUAGCAGAGAUGGUCAGCUCUUUCACCCUCUCUCUUGCAGUUCUGAAGAGUGUAGAAUUAAGUGAUGUCACACAGCUAACCCCAAAAAGGAUCAUGCAUUUUCGUAUGCUGUUUGAGGCCUUGUUUGAGUAUCCUGAUGAGGUUAUAUGGAACUCAUUUACACGUGUUGCUGUCUCCCCAGAGCUAGAAACUCUCCGUCAUGGCAUUGAGUUCUUCAUCAGGGAGUACGUUGUCAAAACUAACAAGGCCUUUGCAAACAAAUUCAAGAUUUCAAAGAAAGCCCUUAAUAAUACUGAAGGAGUCCUCAUGUGAGUUGGAGAAAAUGGUUGCUCUUCUUGGUAAAGGCCAAAUUUUGUAGUUUAUUAUUAUUAUUUUUUUCCCUGUGGCUUGGUUGCCAGAUUUUAUUCUGCCAAGUACUAAAUUACCAUGGGUGAAAUGAUGUAAAACGCUAGCAAUUUUAUUAUUAGAUGACAGACAUCUUUUCCCUUAUAUUAUUUUUAAAGAGGGUUCAA